AAACAAAUAGAAAGAGUUUGGGGGAGGAUCACAGAUCUGUGUCUGAGACUGAGCUGAAAGAACAAAUUUGCAUAUAUACACACAUAAAAAUCUCCUUCCUUCGUUCUACAGAAAGGAAACGAAGAUGAUGUCCAGCAAUUACACCGCAAUUGAUAGUCAGAAUGUUUCAGGAUCCGUUCCUGCAGCUGCAGAUCCACCUGGUCAAGUUGCCGUCAAAUUCACUGAGUCGAAUUUGCAGACAUUUCCACCUUCCAGUUCCCAGGGGAAAAUCUCUGGUGCUUCUGGACCUCCACGUGAUGCUGAUGAUUCAUUCUCUAAACCAGUAUCUGGUUCUGAUGAGCCCCAGCAGAGUGGUUGGUUUCGCGCUUUCACUAUUGCUGCUUAUAAGCCCUAUUUUGAUGUUGAUACCUCGGAUGUUCUUGAAAGGAUAAAAGAUUCACUCCUUCCUUUCACGGGGUCCUUUUCGGAGAAGACUGCCGAUAAGCCAGACUUGUAUGGCCCGUUCUGGAUAUGCAGUACCUUGGUUUUCGUUGCGGCUUCCAUUGGUACAUUUAUCACCUAUAUAGCACACAAGCUACAGAACAAGGAGUGGAACUAUGACAUCAACCUUGUCACUUGGUCCGCGGGAUUAUUCUAUGGUUAUUCCACUAUAGUUCCUCUUUGCUUGUUUCUAGUCCUCAAGUACUUCUCUGCCCCAUCUGGCCUCGUUCAGCUGCUGUGCCUUUAUGGCUAUUCCCUUUUUGUCUUCAUUCCAGCAUUGUGUCUGUCUCUUGUUCCCUGGGAGAUAGUGAGAUGGGUGGUUGCUGGUGUAGCUGGCUUCAUGUCUGCCACAUUUGUUGCUCUUAAUCUGAAACACCACAUAGCAUCGGCUGGCGAAAGGUGGUUCCUCAUUGUGGCUGCUAUCUUCCUGUUGCAACUUGCUCUUGCUUUGGUACUGAGGGUUUACUUAUUCAACGUUACAGUAUAGCUAUGAAACUAUUGAAAUGUAUCUAGGAUCGGUUUGAAUUAUGUCAUAUUAAUCACAGAGAGAGCACACUGUUCUUCGUAUCAACUUGACUGGAAGUGUGGCUUGGUCAUUGAAACGGAACCGUAUUCAUUCAUUUUUGACAAUAUACAAUAAUAUAGUUUCACUUUCA